UCGGUGAAUAAAAACCGAGACGAAGUCGAGGUUUUUAUUCACGAUAAUCACCGAGCCUGAGGUGAAUAAUUGUUUUAGUAUAAUUUCAUAGGUGAUUAUUUGGGAAAAAUAAGAAAAUACACAUUUCUUCGCCAUUUAAUUGUCAAAAAGGCUUCGGCCGCCAUUUUGAAAAUCGCUUAGGUGAUUAUCGCGUAAUAAUGACCUCAUCGGCAACCAAUCAGCGUGGAGAAUUUUCAAUAAUCACCUAUAUACUAACAUUGGUUAUUCGUCGGAUACUACCAACGUGAUGUUUGGAGAAAGAAAUUCGGUUUUCAAGCUGUUGAAAUCGGGGCAAAAGAAUGUGCAAACACUGAAAUGCUCUUGCCACUUAAUCCACUUAGCUUCUUCCUAUGCCACAAAAAGUUGCCAAAGGAUUUAGAGGAUCUAUGUCGGGACAUUUAUGCACAUUUCCACCGUUCAUCGAAAAGACAAGGUGUCUACAAAGAAUUCCAAAGUUUCUUUGAUGUUGAACCUCAUAAGCUACUGUCCCCUGCUCAAACACGCUGGCUCUCUUUUCAAGCAUGCAUAAAUCGAAUUUUGGAGCAGUAUGAAGCAUUGAAGCAACAUUUUAUUCUUGUUGUAAAUGAAGAUCCAACUCAUACCAUCGAACGCAUACACAAGUUCACAUUGGCCUACCUAGAGUUUCUCAGCUACCAGCUUUAGCGGUUCAAUGAUUUCAAUCUUCUUUUUCAAUGUGAAAAACUUGUCCUCCAUUGUCUUAAGUCACAAGUAGAAAUGCUCCUUAGAUCAAUCGCAAGUGAUUUUAUGAAAAGGGAUUAUGUUAAAGCUACAAACCCGAAGAAAAUUUCACCAUCAUGUGAAGAAUUUCACGUACCCCUGGAAGAUGUCUAUCUUGGCAUGGCGGAAACAGCAAUUCUAUGAGAAAUAGCAGCCAGGGCUAAAGAAGAAGACGUAUCUGCAUUCCGUAGUCACUGUAGGAAUUUCCUCGUAGAAUCGAUUCUUCAGAUCCAGAAACGGUUUGACCUUGCGGCAGAGAUUCACGAUAUCGUACAGUGUACCUUGCCCCAAAACGCUGCUUCUACCAUCCCACCUUCUCUCGAAGGCAUUUGUCAGAAGUUGUCCUAUUUGAGGGAGAUUCUCAAGUCUGGUUCACGCUAGCAAUUUUGUCCGUGAUUUUGUGUUUCUGACGGAUGCAAAUGCAGGGCCGUAGCAACCGGGGGGGCUGGGGGGGGCUGCAGCCCCCCAAUAAUUUGCUAAUAAUCAUUCUUUUUUCAAAAUCAUGCAAACUUUAUCAUUUAAUCUGUGACAAACUGCAAAGAAUGAAGAUAUUACUC